CUCUCAAAUUUGCAUUGCCUUGAUCUUGGAUACAAUUCCCUAUUUGAAGCUAAAACUCUUCAGUGGGUUUCUGGUCUUUCUUCUCUGCAGUAUCUUGAUUUGAGUUCUGCAGAUCUUGGUAAAGCAACUGAUUGGCUGCAGGCAACACACAAACUUCCUUCUUUGGUAGAGUUACACUUGUCAGGCUGCAAUCUAAAUAAUGAUUCAUCUCCAAUCAGUGUUAAUUACAAAUCUCUUGCUGUUCUUGAUCUUUCCACAAAUACAUUGUCUUCGGUGCCUACAUGGAUAUUCAGUCUUCGUAGUCUUGUGUCCAUUGAUCUUAGCUCCAAUGAAGUUGAAGGUGUGAUUCCCAAUGGUUUUCAAAAUAUGUCUUCUCUCAAAUUUCUUGAUCUUAGUAGGAAUUCAUUCUCUUCUUCAUCGACACUCAGCUGGUUGUCUAAUUUCAACCAACUUCAAUUCCUUGGUCUUAGCAGUGUCGGCCUGCAAGGUAAUUUUUCAUGUGCCAUUAGAAACUUAAGCUCUCUUACUCAUCUUGAUGUUUCACAUAACCAGCUUGAAAUUAUAGAACCCAAAUGUUUGGAGAGUCUUUGUAAUCUGAGAGAGAUGGAUUUGUCAAAUAACGGAAUUGAUCAUAAGGUAUCAGAAAUCAUAGAGAGUUUGUCUAGAUGUAGUUUGGAUCGAUUAGAGUCAUUAAAUAUUGAAUCUAACAAACUUUCUGGCCAUUUACCUGAUCAACUCAGCCAAUUUAAAAAUCUGGCAUACCUUUCCCUUUCUGAAAACUCCAUUUCUGGUCCCAUUCCAUUCUCAAUAGGGAGGUUGUCAUCAUUGAAAGUUCUUGAUGUUUCGUACAAUCAAUUAACCGGACCUCUUCCGGUAGGGGAGCUAUCAUCUUUGAAGUUGCUUGAUGUUUCAAACAAUCAAUUGAAUGCAACUCUUCCUCAAAGUUUAGGACAACUUGGGAAUUUGGAACAUUUAGACGUUAGCAAUAAUAUGUUGGAAGGAAAUAUAUCAGAAAUGCACUUCUCUAAUCUCACAAGAUUGAGAAUUUUCAGGGCAUCUAACAACAUGUUAACGUUUAAACCAAAUCCAAGUUGGAUUCCUCCUUUCCACUGUGAAAAUAUUGAAUUAGGUAACUGUCAUCUUGGUCCGAAAUUUCCUCAGUGGCUACAAUUCCAAAAGAACUUGUUUCAUUUAGAUAUCUCCCAUGCUGAAAUUUCAGGUGUCAUUCCCACUUGGUUUUGGAACCUUUCGACUCAAUUUGAAUAUCUAAAUCUUUCCAACAACCAACUAGUGGGGAAGAUUUCAUAUUUUCCUAGGAGUUUGGUUGUUGACUUGAGUUCCAACCUAUUCACAGGUCCAUUGCUACAGGCACCCUCAGAUUUGAUGUUUUUAUUUUUGUCUAAGAAUCUAUUUUCAGGAACACUUUCCAAUUUUCUUUGCAAUUCCUCAACUAAAUUGGAACCUUUGACCAUUCUUGACAUUGAAUCAAAUCUUCUAUCUGGUGAAAUUCCAAAUUGUUGGGAAAAUUGGCAAUUUUUGAAAGUCUUAAAUUUGGGAAACAACAAUCUAACUGGGAAAAUUCCUAGAUCCUUGGGAUUUUUGCGCCGUGUUCUGUCAUUGAACCUUCGUAACAAUAACCUACUUGGAGAAGUACCAUCUACACUGCAGAAUUUGGUUGACAUGCUUAUUCUUGAUCUUAGUGAAAAUCAAUUGACGGGAAGUAUUCCAGCAUGGAUUGGAGACAACCUCUUAAACCUUGUGGUUCUAAACCUCCGUUCAAAUAACUUCCAAGCCUAUAUUCCUGAUCAAAUUUGUGCUCAUAAUUCUCUUCAGUUCUUGGAUCUUGGUUAUAACAACAUUUCAGGAGCAAUUCCAAAAUGUUUUAGUAACCUAAGUGCCAUGGCCAUAAAACCCCUCAAGAUACACGUGGGAAACAGUACCUGGUCAUUCGAGUCUAAUAACCUGUUUCUUUUGGGUGCAUUAUUGGUGAUGAAAGGAAGAGAGGAUGAUUACAGUACCAUACUAGGACUUGUAGUCGGCAUAGACCUUUCAGUUAACAGUCUCAGAGGAGAGAUCCCCGAAGAACUUGGUAAUCUCAUAGGACUGCGGUCAUUAAAUUUGUCAGGGAAUCUCCUAACAGGAAAGAUACCAGAGAACAUUGGCAAUAUGGAGGUGUUGGAAUCUCUUGACUUAUCGAUGAACCAACUCCAUGGUGAAAUCCCUUCAAGUUUCUCCAAUUUGAAUUUCUUGAAUCACUUGAACUUGUCCUACAACAACUUGACAGGACAAAUCCCAUCAGGCACCCAGCUGCAAAGCUUUGACAGGUUUUCGUACAUUGGCAAUCAUCUUUGUGGACCUCCAGUCACUAAAAAUUGCAGCAGAAAUGGCGAAACACCUGAUGUUACAAAUGGAGGUAGGAGUGGAGGAAAGAAAAGGUCUAAUGUGAAUUGGCUUUAUGUAAGCGUAGUACUUGGAUUUGUGAUGGGGUUUUGGGGGGUAGUGGCUCCCCUGGUUUUCGUCAGGUCUUGGAGGUUUGCUUAUUAUCAAAACUGGAGCAAAUUGGUGAUAAGCUAUACGUGUUUUGGGCUACUAUUGGUAGGACAUAAAAGCGAAACAUCACGGGUGAUGAAAGAGAAUUUUGACUUGACCUGGCCGUCAUGCCCCGACGAGUAUUCCUUUUGA